AUGUCCAAGCCUACAGGAAGAAUGCACCGCGCCCUCUCCUCCGUAGCCGAUACCCUCUUUCCAAGCUCCCGAUACCCCGACCCGCGCGUAACCCACCCGUCGGCCAGAACAGGAGCCGACAAACUGGUCAUCAAAAUGCGCCCCUUGAUCAGCCUGAUGAAUAUUCGAGAGACGCAAUACUGGAAUACGGAUCUCAAAGGUACAAAAGAAGAGCUGAGGACCAAGUCUUAUUAUACGGAGCCGUAUAUCGAUCCUGAUAUCGAGAGCCUCCUGAAGGCGCAAUCUCAACAGACAGGGACAUCAGCGAGCGGUGGUGCCACCGACAUUCUACCGAUCUCUCACGACCCUUCAAACGCCACAGGCCCCCCUAGCUCGAGAUUCGAAGGCGAACCUUUAGUCCCUACACAAUAG